ACCCAAAGAGGCAGCUAAGGCAGCUCAGGGGGGGAGCAUAAAAAAAGGAACACCGGCCAGCCUGGCUAGAUUCGAAUCUCGUGUAUGAAUCAACUCAAACCACCUCACCAACACUUCCUCUCUCGUGUUCCCAAUCUUAAGCCACUUCUCCUUUCUCCUCGGCUACACGGAAAGAAAGAACUUUUACAUCUUGAGGUGUUACAAUUACCAUCCCUUACAUCGUCAUGGUGACCGCGACGGCGAGCAAGCCCUGGCUGGUCCAGAAAUACGGCGGCACUAGCUUGGGAAAGCUGCUGGAUACGAUAUGCACUAGCAUCAUUCCGCAGUACGCCGGAGCAAACAAUCUUAUUGUUGUCUGCUCAGCCUUCUCGGGGACCCUGAAGGCGAGCGGGACGACGAGCUUGUUGCUGCAAUGCAUAGCAUACGCCGAGCUAGGUAUCGAAGCCCAGAAGCGGCUGAUGGACAUUAUCGACUUAAUCAAGGACACCCACUUGAACUUGCUAGAGGCGUUUGCAAGCUCCCCCGCACGCGUAUCAGCUUGUGGGCAGAUCUUCGAAGAUACGGCGUCUAGCAUCAAGAAGGAGUGCGAGGGUCUGAAGAGAUUCCUAAUCGCCGCUCAGAUCGUCGGAGAAUUAUCCCCACGGUCCAAAGACCGCGUCAUUUCUAUCGGAGAGAAGCUAGCUUCUAUGAUCGUGGCGGCUUGCCUGACGAGCACAGGCACGCUAGCGCGACCCCUUUUCCUUGACGACAUCGUCUCAUCUGCCUUUGGCAGCUCCAUCCACGAUCAGGUGGCUGCGCUCGAAAGGCUGGGCCCAAAGUUCUAUCAUGUCUUGUCCGACCAAAUAUGUGGGCGGAUUCGAGAAUGUGGGAAUUCAAUCCCUAUCGUGACAGGGUUCUUUGGCAUAAUGCCGGACUCGUUGCUGCAGACGGUAGGGAGGGGAUACUCCGAUCUGUGCGCAGCUAUGUGCGCGGUAGCGGUGGGAGCAGACGAGCUUCAGAUCUGGAAAGAAGUCGACGGCAUAUUCACAGCAGACCCGAGGAAAGUACCGUCGGCACGCCUAUUAUCGACAGUAACAGACGAAGAAGCCACGGAAUUGACAUACUAUGGGAGCGAGGUCAUCCACCCAUUGACGAUGGAUCAGAUCCGGGACGCUGGCAUACCACUGCGUCUGAAAAACGUCUUCAAGCCGUUGGGGCAUGGCACCAUCAUCUACCCAUCGACCAUUAGUCCCGGUCCUACCAGUCCAGCAAGCAGCUUGUCAGAGGAUUCUAAUAACUCUUCUCCCCGAAUGACCCCUCCUCUUUCUAGUUUCAUGCUGAAGAACGGGUACCACGGGGCGGAGCAGGAGCGCAGAAAACCCACGGCAGUGACCGUGAAAGACGACAUUCUCCUAAUCAAUGUAGUCUGCAACAGAAACACCAAGUCCCAAGGUUUUCUAACGCAGGUGUUCGACCGUCUCGAGCGGAAUAAGAUCCCCGCAGACCUCGUGGCUACGAGCGAAAGGCAUGUCAGCUUGGCAGUGCAAGCACCAAGCGACGCCAGCGCGCUAUUAAGGCUUAAGGAGGAGCUCGAACGGUUCGGCCAAGUUGGCAUAUCGCCUAAUAUGUCUAUCGUAACAGUGGUCGGCCACAAGAUGCGAAACAUGGUCGGCGUAUCCAACGAGAUCCUAUCAUCGCUAGCCUCAGAAAAGAUCAGCAUAUACCUGAUAAGUCAAGGCGCGAGCAAGAUCAACAUAUCGCUCGUCGUGGGCGCGGACGACGCGCUGGCGGCGAUGAACGCCAUACACAGCGAAGUGCUGAAGAUCCCGACGCUUAGGGAGCAGGAAAACCGGUUCAUCCCAGGGCCGUGGCUGUAUUAAGGGUUCACCUAGCGGGCGCCCGCGUAUGACAGGUUGGUGAUCCCGUAUCACCCGGAUGUUAGACAUUGGGGAUGUCAAAUGCAAGUUUGAUGUCUGAGCUGGAAACCAGGCAUAUCUAUACCUAGUGCUGGCAGGAGUUCGACUAGAGCGAGGUUGAAUUAGAGAUGAGGGACGACGGAAAAUACCCCCUUUUGUUAUGUUCUGUAUAUACCAGGUAGUCCUUACUGCAUAUGACCUAUCACUUUUUGAAUCUUGGUAUUCCCUCUAGUCCCU